AUGGCUUCAGUGGAGGUGUUAGAUGCUGAGCGCACACCAGAUCAGCCUUUCAAAGAUGACAAGCCACUGAAAGGCUUCCAAGAGUACUCGGAUGCGGAGAUUGCUGCAAGAAUGAACAAGGUGCAGCUUGCUUGCAAAGCAGCUCCCGACAAUGCGGAGACACAGCUGCUGGAAAGUCCUCUUGCUGAGGCAGUGGCGCGUUCUCUCACGCCCAUCGACCUUGAUCCAGAAGUCGGCGGUGGCGACUUUGACUUGCGGAGAUCUUUGCAACUGGAGUUUGGGGAAGCGGAGCUUGGAUCUUCAGACCCUUAUGGACUUGGACCUUUUGAUCCGUCAUGGACUGACUCCCAGAUUCCGGAAGAAGAGGAGAUACCUGAAAAGCCAGCCCAAUCUUCGGAGCUGAUAGAAGCGCCAGAGGACUCCAUGGAAGGGACUUCUGGUGAGAAGUCCAUGGCAGUGCCAGAGGAUUCCAUGGAAGUGACUUCUAUUGGUGGUGGGAAGUGCGUGGAAGAGCAUUUGGAAGGGACUUCUGGUGGGAAGCCCAUGGAAGUGCCAAUGGAUUCCAUUUCUGGUGUACCUGCCAACCCCCAAAAAUUGGAGCCUUUGCCGGUGGAGGGUGUCUUGCCUGAUGGAGCGCUUCCAGUGCCUCCUGCAUCAGAAAUGAUGAAUGGUCUUGCAGAUCCUCCUGCCAAGGUAGAGCCACCCCUUGAGAAUGGAGAAGAAGAAGUGCCAAAGAAAUCUGAUGCGCAGGUAAAAGAAGAGGAACCUGCUUUUGUCACUCGGAAAAGCCAAUGGGCAGGAAAGCCUCCAAAGGCAAAGGCCAAAGCCAAGGCCAAGGCCAAAGGAAAAGCUGCUCCUAAAGGCAGGCCCAGAGGCACUGGAGGCAGAGGGCGUGGUCGUGGCAAGAAGCUUGAUAGCGUGGUGAACUUGCUCUCUGAUGAGGAGGGGGAGGUUAAGAUGGAGGUUGAAGAGGGUGAUGAAGCAGAGGCGAAGAAGAAGAAGGCUCCCAGGAAGCGUGCUCCUGCCAAGCGCAAGGCUGCUGAGAAGCCUGCUGAUACCAAUGAGGAGGAGCCAAGCGGGAUGGAGGAACAAAGUCAAAAUGCUGAGGAAAUUGUUUGGAAACCUGUUUCGCAAGAGGGCAUCAAAGCAUGGGAGGGGAAAUGGGUUUGCCAGGAGCCUGCCCAGGAUGCAACGCGGAGUGCCUCCAAGAAGAACAAGUUGGAUGAGAAUGGUGAGCAGCGGAAGUCUCCUUUGAAGUCCUUUGCACGCCGCCAGUGCCCAAAGUCUUCACCAGCAAGGGAGAGAUGGCUUGUGGUGCGGGAAUUCUUUCGCAUGGAGAUCAAACCUAGGAUCGUACCUUGUGGGGAAUCCACUGCUGCUUGGGAGGUGUAUUGGUGGGACUGGUGCGCCGAGGCUUUGAACAAGCACAAAUACAGCAAGCGCAAGCAGAGUGCAGCGGACACGGAUGCAUUGUUGGAUCAGUUCAAGGGUCUGCUUGGCCGUGAAGUGAAUGACUUUUUGGAGGAGUGGGGUAUGGACUUGGUCACUGAGCCUGCGUCGCCGUCGCCCAUGUAG